CAGGGACCUGUCCCGCGCCUCAAUUCCCGUUGAUUUGUCACUUCGCUGCUCCCUCGCGUCGUCACUGGAACUCCGGAAGUAGGGAUUGAGCCGAACACGAUAUUGAAGAAAUCUUCAUCAAUGCAGUCGAGGGAGCUUUCAGAACGAGAGAGAGAGAGAGAGAGGGAGAGUAAAAUCUGUAAACAGAAGAUUCACAGAAUCAUAUAUCACAAGGUGAAGAAUUCAACUUCAAUUAUUUUCCUCUUUUCUUUAGUUACUGAACACUAGUUCUUUUACAUAUUUUGCUCACAAAACCCAAGCAUUUCAGUUCAAGCCUGAAUUUGUCCGACGUAAAAAUGUCCGCGAAAUGGAGAGCUUUGCAGCAUCGCCAUCGAUACACUUACAGUUCAGUUGUUUUCCCUCAUUCUUAUAUUGAAUCUUUAAAUCUAUUGCCCUCCGAUAUUUCUUCUCUGAAGUUCUUCACUGAAUUGAAAGAGUUGAUAUCUUUAAAUUCGAUCUAUUCACAAGUUGACAAUGUAAAAAAAGUCAGUUCAGCUUUUGGAGAGUUGUUUGGAAACAGCGGAGACUCAUUAAUUUCUGUGGCAUCUCGGUUUUACUUGGAGAUUCUGUUUCUCGAGAAUUCUCUUCCGUUGCAUCGAACUUUAGUUUCUGUUCUUGUAAAAUGCCGAAAUUUCCAGUCUGUGAUCGGUAGUUGUUUCCGAAUUCUGUGUGAUGAGUAUGGUGUUCAAGGUGGAAAAAGUAGGAGAUUUUCAUUAUGUCGUGUUGCAUUGUCGUUGAUGGGUUGUCCUAAGUUGGGGUUUUUAGCACAUGUUGUGGAGGAAUGCUCGAAUUUGAUAGCUCUGGAUGCAAGUUUUGGUUUGAAUGCAGUGGUUUCAGGGACUCUUAGUGGUUCUCGGCCUUCACCUAUUGUCAUGGAGCAAUGCCAAGAGGCAUUAUCUUGUUUAUAUUACUUGCUUCAGCGUUUUCCUUUAAAAUUUGCCGAUACUAGUAGUUGUAAGGACGUUUUGAUUUCCAAGGAGUCCACUGUCUUUGAGAUUGUUGUGGGAACAAUUUUGAGCAUCUUAAAAUCAUCAGCGUUUUCAAGGGAUUGCUUGGUGGCUGCAGGCGUGAGCUUUUGUGCAGCUCUUCAAGCAUGCAUAAAUCCUGAAGAGCUUGCUCCUUUUAUAGUUAAAGUUUUUUUCCGUCAUACAAACUGUUCUAUCUCUUGUUGCAUAAGCAAAUUUAGUGAUAAAAGUUUCAAGAUUCCAUACAAGGGGGAUUUUUAUUCAGAAAUGGGGGAUGUUUCUACGUAUAGUCGGCUGUGCUUGCUGAGAGGAAUUCUAACUGCUAUUCCAAGGACUGUACUCAAUACCCUGUUUACUUAUUCAAGGGAUUUGGAUGCCUUUAAUGUUAAUGGGUCAAGUAGUAGCUUGAUUUGGACCAUACUGUUUGAUGGGAUAUUACUUGAGCUUUGUAACUAUUGUGAAGACCCCAUUGACAGCCAUUUUAAUUUCCAUGUAUUAACUGUUAUGCAGAUCUGUUUACAACAGAUAAAAACCUCAAUAUUAGCUGACCUUGUUACUCUCUCGGAGAAUUAUGAUCCCAUCUCAGAGGAUGUGGGGGCACGGAUAUUGAGAAUAAUCUGGAAUAACUUGGAAGACCCCCUUAACCAGACAGUAAAACAAGUUCAUCUCAUAUUUGAUCUCUUAUUAGACAUCCAAUCCACCCUUAAAUUGGCAAAAGGCAGUGAAAGAAAGAGGACUUUCCUACAGAAGACUGCAUCGGAUCUUCUUCGUCUUGGGGCUCGCUGCAAGGGCCGGUAUGUUCCUCUAGCUUCUCUCACUAAAAGGUUGGGAGCAAAGACUAUUUUAGACAUGAGGCCAAACCUUCUGUUUGAAACAGUUUAUGCAUAUGUUGACGAUGAUGUGUGCUGUGCUGUCACAUCAUUCUUGAAGUGCUUUCUUGAAUGUUUGCGGGAUGAAUGUUGGAGCAGUGAUGGAAUUGAAUCAGGGUAUGUAAUUUUCAGAGGGCAUUGCUUGCCUCCUGUUUUGUAUGGGCUUGUUUCCGGAGUUUCAAGGCUUCGAUCCAACUUGAAUACUUAUGCUCUGCCAGUUGUGCUUGAAGUGGAUGUGGACAGUAUAUUCCCUAUGCUUGCCUUUAUCUCAGUUGGACAAAUUGUGGAAGAUUCUGAAGUGAUUUAUCCUGAGCUCUCUGGUGCUAACAUGGUUCUAAGGAUUGACCAGAAAGUGGCUGCUUUGGUCUCAUUGCUCAAGGUUUCUCGCUUUCUUGCAUUGAUUGAAGGGGACAUAGAUUGGUACCAUAAUUCCUUGAUGCUUCAAGAAGAAUGUGGUUUGAAAACAGAAGAUGCUGCCAUUUUUGCACUUGUAUGUGUAAAGGGAAUAAAAGUUAAAGUUCCUGUUGAGUGGUUAGUCCUGGCUUUGACCCAUGUUGAUGAAACUCUUCGUAUAGAUGCUGCAGAGUCUCUCUUCUUGAACCCCAAAACAUCUAGUCUACCUUCCCCUUUGGAACUCAGCCUGAUGAAAGAAGCCAUUCCCUUGAACAUGCGAUGUUGCUCUACAGCUUUUCAGAUGAAAUGGACCAGUUUGUUUAGAAAGUUUUUUUCUCGGGUUCGGACAGCACUGGAGAGACAGCUCAAGCAAGAGCGAUGGCAACCACUUGGGUGCUCUGACAAUAAUAAAGUAGGUCAACAUAAGGGUGGUAAGGAAACCGUGGCUCACAGAGCAGAGGAUCUUUUUCAUUUUAUGAAGUGGUUGAGCUGUUUUCUCUUUUUCUCUUGUUAUCCUUCUGCUCCAUAUGAGAGGAAAAUUAUGGCGAUGGAGCUCAUGCUGAUAAUGAUUAAUGUCUGGCCUGUAGUACCUUAUUCACAGAAUAAGUGUGAUUCCACAUUGCCUUCAAAUUCUCUCUGUCCUUACAGUGAAGGAUUUACUCUACCUGAUUCAACUUUGUUACUGGUUGGAUCAAUAAUUGAUAGUUGGGAUAGGUUGAGAGAGAGUGCUUUUCGCAUACUAUUACAUUUUCCUACACCACUUCCUGGAAUUUCAAGUCAAAAUGCAGUCAAGGAAGUAAUCGCGUGGGCAAAGAGGCUAGUAUGCAGUCCACGUGUUAGAGAAAGUGAUGCUGGUGCCUUGACUUUACGACUUACAUUUAGGAAGUAUGUUUUGGAGCUUGGAUGGACAGUUGGAGCUUCGGUCAACAUUGUUUGUUUUAAAUCACCAUCCAACCAGAGUAGUGGGGAUUCUGAAAUUUGUGAACGUAGGCCUGUGCUGGAAUAUAUAUUAUCACUGGUCAAUUGGCUACGUAUAGCUGUGGAGGAGGGGGAGAAGGAUCUUUCUGAAGCAUGCAAGAACAGCUUUGUUCAUGGUGUAUUGCUUACACUUCGAUAUACUUUUGAAGAGCUGGAUUGGAAUUCUGAUGUUGUAUUGUCGAGCAGUUCUGAGAUGAGGCAUGUACUUGAGAACCUCCUUGAGCUAGUCAUGCGAAUAACUUCAUUAGCACUUUGGGUUGUAUCUGCAGACGCCUGGUAUCUGCCUGAGGACAUGGAUGAUAUGGUUGAUGAUGAUGGUUUUCUUUCAGAUGCACCUGUUGAAAUGAAUGGAGUUGAGUCUUCAUCAGAACAUCAGGUAAAAAGUUCAAGGCACAUGACCGGUGCAAGACCAUCAGAACAAGUUGUCAUGGUUGGUUGCUGGCUUGCAAUGAAAGAGGUGAGUCUUCUUCUUGGAACCAUCAUAAGAAAAAUUCCGUUACCAAGGUCCACUUGUUUGGAUUUAUCUAAGCCUGGGGAACUCCUAUGUGAGGCUACUGAUGUAAUCCUUGAUGUGAAACAACUUGAGACAAUAGGGAACCAUUUCUUGGAAGUGCUUCUAAAAAUGAAGCAUAAUGGUGCUAUUGAUAAGACAAGGGCUGGAUUUACAGCUCUUUGCAACCGUCUGCUUUGUUCAAAUGAUCCAAGACUUUGUAAAAUGACUGAGUCUUGGAUGGAACAACUUAUGGAAAGAACUGUGGCGAAGGGACAAACAGUGGAUGACUUGUUAAGAAGAAGCGCUGGUAUUCCUGCUGCAUUCAUUGCUCUUUUUCUGUCAGAGCCAGAAGGAACACCAAAGAAACUCCUGCCACGGGCACUGCGAUGGCUAAUAGAUGUUGCUAACAUGUCAUUUCCCAUUCCAACUCAACCUAAUAACCAGAAUGGUGACUUGUAUACACAUUUGUCUCAAGAAAACCAAGAACCUUUGUGUGCUCAACCAACACAUGUGGAUUUGAAUCAAAAGAACUCAAAAAUACGAGAUGAGGGUGUCAUUCCUACAGUGCAUGCAUUUAAUGUCCUUAGAGCUUCUUUCAAUGAUACCAAUCUAGCAACAGAUACAUCAGGUUUCUGUGCUGAGGCUUUGAUCAUUGCAAUACGUUCAUUCUCUUCUCCUUAUUGGGAGGUUCGAAAUAGUGCUUGCCUUGCAUAUACUGCAUUGGUCCGUCGCAUGAUUGGAUUCCUAAAUGUACAAAAACGUGAAUCAGCACGACGUGCUUUAACUGGGCUUGAAUUUUUCCACAGGUAUCCAAUACUGCACCCUUUUUUCUUCAGUGAAUUAAAAGUUGCAACAGAGUUUCUUGGAGAUGGGUCUUGUUCUGAAUCCAAUAUGGCAAAGGUUGUGCACCCAAGCUUGUGCCCCAUGCUAAUUCUUUUAUCUCGACUUAAGCCUUCUACAAUCAGUAGUGAAACUGAAGAUGGCCUGGAUCCCUUCCUAUUCAUGCCUUUCAUCAGGAAGUGUUCAACACAAAGUAACCUCCGGGUUCGUGUUCUUGCAUCAAGAGCUUUAACAGGCCUGGUAUCUAAUGAGAAACUACCCAGUGUUCUGAUAAAUAUUGCCCACGAAUUGCCACAUAAUAGAAAUGGCACGAGUAGCAGAUCUGCUUCAUCUAGCUCAACCAAUGGAGGCUAUCAUACCCAUGUUACUUCAUUUAAUUCUAUUCAUGGAAUGCUAUUGCAGUUAGGCUCUCUGUUGGAUAACAACUGCAGGAACUUGACAGAUGUCUCUAAGAAAGAAGAGAUUCUUGGGGACUUGAUUGAGCUACUUAAGACUUCUUCAUGGAUUGGCAGCCCUAAGUUGUGUCCUUGCCCCAUCCUUAACAGCUCAUAUUUGCAAGCUUUGGAUCACAUGCUCAGUAUUGCGAGAAGAUGUGGGAUAAGAAAACAUGAAGGUUCCAUUUGCAAUACCCUCUUAGAACUUUCUUUGAUAUGCUUAAAUGCAGAUGUUUCUCAAAUGGUCCCAUUUUAUGACCCAACAAAGACAGAACUCCACAAGCAAGCAUCCACUUCAUAUUUCAAUUGUGUGUUUCAAGCAUCUAAUGAAGCACCUGAAGAAGAUUUUCAGAUGCCUCAUAUAUUUUCCCAUCCUGCUUUGGAUUUGUUUAAGGUGCCUGAAACUGAGCCUGCUAUUGCUGAACUGCAGGAAAGGUUAAUCCUUUCAAUAUCUGAUGCAUUAUAUGAAGUUCGUCUUGCAUCAUUGAAGUGGCUUCUUUUGUUCCUGAAAUCAACAGCAUCUAGUGGGGAUAAUGAUCUAUCUGGAAGUGGAAUUCACAUCAUCUACCACUGGGCUAAGACUAGUCUACAGCCAACCAUGAUGCAACUAUUAGAUAGAGAGGAGAACCCUAGAUGCACUUGUUACUUGCUGAGGAUCCUUUUCCUCUGGAACUUGAUUCAGUUUGAAAAAUCAGGAAAGCAUCAAUAUGUGGAGUCCGUUUAUGUUGGCGUGAUGGAUUUUGCUUCCUUGUUUGAGUUCUGGAAUAAGUUAAUAUUGUUGAACAAGGUUGCAACUCACACAAAAACUCGGGAGGCACUAAUGCGUUGCAUGGGGAUAUGUGCAAAACGGUUUUCAUGUUUAUUUAUGACCUCUGUUUUUUCUGAUUUAGGGGGAAAGAAAAUCUUUGAUCCUAGCAAUCUUGACCAAUCAGACAGUUGGAACCACAUCUACAGAUGCAUCAGAUUUUUUAUUGACUUAAUCAAGCAAUAUAGUGCCUCAUCUGAGCCUGUCAACAUGCGGAAGGCAGCUGCAGAAUCCAUUGUAGCAUCUGGAUUACUGGAAGAAGCUAGUUGUAUAAGUUCUUUCAUCUCCAACACCCAAAUCCCUUCCGAAGAAAAUCAUGCUUGCUUUGAUCCGUCAGAAGCUGUAAACACUUAUGGUCGCACCCUACUAGAUUUGUGGUUCACAUGUAUCAGGCUGCUGGAGGAUGAAGAUGUCGGGCUUAGACAGAGGUUAGCCUUUGAUGUCCAGAAAUGUUUUACUCCCAAGGAAUCUGGAAAAAGUCAUCAAACUGGUUUUGUUCCUACCCAAGUAGAGAAAGUGAUUGAAUCAAGUUUUGAUUUUCUGUCUUCAGCAUUUGGUCACUGGUUUCAAUACUUUGACUAUCUUUCACGAUGGGUUAUGGACAUUGGAAGCUGCACAGUAGCCAGAGGAGAUCUGGUUAGAAGGAUAUUUGAUAAGGAAAUCGAUAACCACCACGAAGAGAAGUUGUUGAUUUGCCAACUUUGUUGUUUCCAUUUGGAGAAGCUUCCAGUGUUUAUGGUAGGUGACCCAUCGUACAAACAUGAGGUUAGGAAUUUCUUGCAGAAUUGGAGAAUGAGAUUUUACCAUCAGUUGAUAUCAUGUUCUAGUGACUAUCUUCCAAUAGAGGGUGGAAUUGAUUGGAUAGGUGGAGUGGGAAACCACAAGGACUCGUUUAUACCAAUAUAUGCAAAUAUGCUUGGCUUUUAUGCCCUCUCAUGGUGCCUCUAUGGUGGAGAAUUUGAGGUUGGUGAUCCUCUACUUCCAAACCUUGUUGAACUUGGAGAAAAAAUUAGACCAUUCCUUAGGAACCCUUUAAUUUCUAACCUGUAUCUGUUUCUGAUUCAAUCCCAUGAGAAAAUGCUUGGUGUUGCUAUGGGCAAUUCAGGUCCCAAAUCCUACAGUGAAUUCACAUUCACAUGGGAAGGUUUCAAUCCUUAUUUUCUUCUGAAGUAGCAUUUAAUUUAUGGUACAAUUUUUUCAUUCCCUUUCAAGGUGAUUUAAAGGGACUGUAUAUUUUCAAAAGAAGCGAUAAUAGAAAAAUUUACAGAGGGUUUUUAUUCAUGCAUCCUACUUGAGCUA